AUGCCCAAACGCGUGCGGGCGCCGAAUUGCACGCAUGUGGACAUGGAUCGUGUUUUCGGGCAUGACCUGCAGUGCCAGGUUUGCGGGCGCUCACCAUCCAUUGGUUUCCUCUAUGAGUGCAAGCAGGACCGCGACUUCGUAAAUCUCGUUGACCUUUUGUCGCCGCAGGUGGACAAGAUCAAGCCAUGCAAAUCCAGUCUGCGGCAAGAGCUGGAAGCCAUCGGCCUGAGCGAGAGUAUCAUUCUUACUGCAGAAAAGGGGCACUACACGGAUAAGCAACUGGAAAAGCUCAAGAACCUGAAAUUGGAGCUCAACGAGAUCAUUUCCAUGACGGAAGAGGCUAGCCAGGUCAAUGAUUUCGUCUCCAAACUCACGGCUAUGGUCCGGACACCCUACGCCACUGACGGAACGUACAACAGCGUUCCCACAAAGGUCAGAGCAAUGUUGCUCAAAUUGGACGGCGGGAGGCCAACAAAGCGAACACGGCUAACGUCUCCACAGAAGUCACUGGGAUGCACAUUCAGAGCAUGUCACACCUGCCGUCCGUACUAUCGCGACCGUGUCUAUAUUUCGUUUGUGGGCGUCGUCAACGCCGAAUUCUCGCCCAUGACACGAGAAGAUAUUCAGCGGCUUCCGACCAAAUCAGCAAAGAUUAUGAGCACCAUCGGCACCAAGACCUACAAGUUACCUUCUUCCAUGACCCUAGACACGAUGCCAUCUACUAUCCCGACUCUGACGUCGUUUGCUACAUCUGCCGAUGUCCCAUACCCUCCUCCAUCCACGGCUAGCACCUCCAGCUCACUCACUUUCAAGACGACUCAGACCGACAUCGAGGAAAUUUCUGCUCAGCGUCGCCCCCGACGUCGGUUCUACAAGAUGGGUCGCCGCUCCUCUGCCGACAUCGCACGCGAUCUAUCCCGUACAACAGCGUUCUUCACACCCCAGGGGCUCAAGACUGCUGUCCAAGGUAUUUUCCGUCCAGGCCGCGAGUCCAGCUCGGAAGGCUCAAACAUCACUCUUCCACUCGCCCGGACGGGCACUGUCCGCGAAGAUCUUGGUGAUGAGUCCAUGGGAGAGUUCGAUCUCGGUGCCUUGCGGCGUGUGCGCAAGCAAAAGGAGCGCAACGAACUCCGCAACGGAACCUACACGGGCGGCUUCGAGGACGUGGGUCUACACACUGCUGGUAUCGUCGAUAGCGGGUCUGGAAGCAACAGUAUUAGUACCACGGACUCUGAGUUCUCCGUAUACUCUUUCGCCACGGACGAGGGCGGCGAGAUCAAGGUCAAUGGCGUUGCCCUCACGGAAGAGGCGGCUGAGACUCAUACUCCGGAUAUCAUGGCCAUCGACGUCCCCGUACCAGAGAAUUCUGGUGCGGCGGUUGCAACUGCGGAGAUUGGUGGUGAUGGUAGGGAUGAGAUGGAUGUCGAUAUUGGGUUACAGAGCAUCAUGGCGCAGGUGUGA